ACGGCGAUCAGGUGAGACGCACACCGGCCUCCGGUAAUCGGCACACAGCCAGCCCCCCUCCCCAUCUCCACGGUCUGCAACCCAGGCUCAAUAGCUGGAAAUGAGCGACUCACAGAGACGGCAGGUGGUAAACAGUAAGCUCAGCAUCAUGCAUACAUUUAUCUACAGCUUCUUCAUCUGGCUCAGCGCACUUACAGGCUUUGGCUGUGAACAGUGCAGGGAGGGAGCAACCUUCUCGGGUGCAGCUAUAUCUCCUAAUUUACAAAACACACACAUCAUGAGAGUGCCUAAUGCCCGGACCAUGUCUGACUGCACAACUGCCUGCUGUAACCAAUCAGGCUGUGAUCUCUCCUGGAUGUUGGGCAAACAAUGUUACAUUGUAAACUGCCAACAUAAAGAGAGCUGUGAGCCCCAGAAGAUGGAGAACAUGAAAUCUUACCUAACAUUUGUCUUGAGGCCAUCUCCAAGAUUUGUUCCCUUGUCUCUCUAUGAAAAUUUUUUGCCUAGUCGAGGUUACCCACUAGGAGGCCGGGAUGACUCUAAUGAGGAAGUGGCACAUCUUAAAGAUCUAUCUUUUGUAAAUAAGGAUCCCAGCCUUGAGGAGCAAGAUGAGUACCCUGAUGAUUACAGUGACCCUCAGUUUGACUUUCUUCACCUAAGUGCUAAAGGAGAUAGCAAAGGGAAUUCUGAUGUAGGCUAUCUAGGUUGGUUUUUUCCAGAGCCAGAACAAAAUUCUUCAGCUUUGGAAAUAGGCAGACGCAACAAAGAUGCACCAGAUGUCCAAAGAGAAGAGACCACCAUGAGUAAUGUAGUUGUUCACAAUGUGUCAGAGGCAACAUUUGCUGACCAUGUAACCUCUACAACAACACAAGCAGAUAUGACUUUACCACACACAAUGGAAAAGAAUGGUCCUCUUCUAAGAGAGUCAUCAUCGCCACUACCCAGUUCUUCCUCAUUGGAGAAACAAACCUCUUUUGUUGCUGAAAAGACCGGACUCUAUUCAACUACUGAUUGGCAGCCGGAGCACCAAACAGUCUCGGGCCUCCUACCCAACCUUGGAGCUUCUACUCCAUUCACUGCUACCAACAUUCUGACUGUCAGCACUUCAAAAGUGCCAUUGCAAGAGCUUUCAGUGUCUACUGGAGACAGCAUUCAAGUGAUUUUGCCGAAAGAUGAAGUGCCGCUUAAUGUCUUUGUGACGCCUGAAGCCCCAGCAGAUAUGCCUUAUCUCUAUGAAUGGAGUUUGGUAAACCAGCCAGAGGAUUUCAAAGGACAACUGGAAAUGAAACAUACAAGGACACCAAAACUGUCCAAACUGUCUGCAGGACUGUAUCUACUCAGAGUUGCUGUGUCAAAUGUAAACGCUUUUGGAGAAGGAUUUGUAAAUCUUACUGUCAAACCAGCACCCAGAGUGAAUCAGCCUCCAGUGGCAGUUGUGUCUCCAAGAGCUCAAGAAGUAUCUCUACCGACAUCAUUUACCUUUAUCGAUGGAAGCCAGAGUACUGAUGAUGAUAAAAUAGUUGCUUAUCACUGGGAAGAAAUCAAAGGUCCUUUACAAGAACAGAAGGCAUCAGGGGACUCUCCAGUCUUGCACUUGUCUGGUCUGGUAACAGGAAACUACACUUUUAGGUUAACUGUUACAGACUCGGAUGGAGCUACAAACUCAACUACAGCAUGUGUUACUGUCAACAAACCAGUGGAUUACCCUCCACUUGCCAAUGCUGGACCUAACCAAGUCAUAACCCUUCCCCAAAAUUUCAUCACAUUGAAUGGAAAUAAGAGCAGCGAUGACCACCAUAUUGUCAGCUAUGAGUGGUCAUUGAGCCCUGGCAGUAAGGGCAAAGUAGUAGCCAUGCAGGGUGUGCGCUCUCCAUAUCUUCAAGCUUCUGCCAUGCAAGUGGGAGAAUAUACAUUCCAGCUCACGGUAUCAGACUCAUCCCAACAACAAUCAACUGCUGAAGUGACAGUGAUUGUACAGCCUGAGAGUAACAAGCCACCCGUUGCAGUGACAGGCCCUGAUAAAGAACUGACAUUUCCAGUGGCAUCUACAAUACUAGAAGGGAGUAAAAGCAGAGAUGAUCAAGGCAUUGUUUCCUAUGAGUGGGAAAACGUCAGUGGCCCAACCAAAGUGACCAUUGAGGAUGGUGAUAAGGCAGUGGGAAAGGUGACUGGCCUUCAGGUUGGAGUGUAUCAUUUUCGUUUGACCGUGAAAGACAGUCAAGGCCUGAGCAGCAGUGCUAUGCUUUCUGUAACGGUUAAAGAAGAAAAUAAUAGCCCCCCUAAGGCACAUGCUGGUGGAACACAUAUUCUUGUACUUCCCAAUAAUUCAAUAUCCUUGGAUGCCUCGAAAUCCAUAAGUGCACAAGGACUGGUUUCAUACCUCUGGACAAGGGAUGGUCAGAGUCCUGCAGCUGGGGAUGUUUUGCAGUCCUCUGACCAUGAACCAGUUCUUCAGCUCACAAAUCUAGUAGAAGGAAUAUAUCUUUUCCACUUGAAGGUUACCGAUGCCAGAGGAUACUCAGAUACCGACACGGCAACAGUGGAAGUGCGUUCUGAUCCAAGAAAACAAAACUUGGUAGAAUUGAUUUUGGAAGUUGGAGUUGGCCAGCUGACAGAACAACAGAAAGAUACAUUAUUAAGACAGUUGGCAGUCCUUCUGAACGUUUUGGAUUCGGAUAUUAAGGUUCAGAAGAUACAAGCACAUUCUGAUUUAAGUACGGUAAUCGUGUUCUAUGUCGAAACCGGUCCUCCCCUAAAAAUCCAAAAAGCAGCUGAUGUUGCACGGACGCUUCAAGGACAGUUACUGAAAGAGAAGGCAGGCUUCCUCGUCUACAAGGUUCUUCGUGUAGACACUGCUGUAUGCCUUCUGAAAUGUUCUGGCCACGGACAGUGUGAUCCUAUAACCAAAUCCUGCCUGUGUUAUCCAUUUUGGACGGAGAACUUGAUUCAGCGUUACAUCAGUGAUGGAGAAAGUAACUGCGACUGGAGUGUACUUUACAUCACUGUGCUAACGUUUGCAUUGGUUGCCUUCUUGAUGGGACUGACUUGGCUCUGCAUUUGUUGUUGCAAAAGCCGUAAAAGGACAAAAAUAAGAAAGAAAACAAAAUAUACAAUCCUGGACAAUAUAGACGAGCAAGAACGAAUGGAAUUAAGGCCAAAAUAUGGAAUAAAACACAGAAGCACAGAACACAACUCCAGCCUAAUGGUGUCAGAGUCCGAGUUCGAGAGUGACCAAGAUACUAUUUUCAGCCGUGAGAAAGCAGAUCGGGAGAAUCCUAAAAACAUUGCCAGUGGGGCUGUCAAAAAUGGUGCGCCCUUCAACUUCAGCUCAAACUACAGAUAAACUGUGUAAAAAAAAAACCAAACAAAAACAAAAA